AUGGGGGGGCGAGGGGGAAAGCUGGCGCUGGCGGAAAUUCAUGAGGUCCUGGAGGAAUACAAAGAAGGAGCUGCAAAGUUUAUAGGCAUGCCGGACACAGUGCUGUACUGCUCCCUGCAAGAUCCAGUUGCCCCCUGUCCCUCUGGCUACAACACCAACAAGGCAGUGUCCCUGUGGGGGACUUCAGGACGCAUGGAAGUGACAGCUUCUAAGUUCAUGGACAUGCAACGUGCCAUCAAGCCAGAUUGGUUUCAGUGCAUCUCUGAUGGAGACACCAUUUCUGGGGAAGUCGGAAGGAAACGAGCCAAGAAAUCUGUGGAUAGGUCUCUUUCCUUCCUGGAUGAAUGCCUCCAGCUACUGGAGAAAUCACCGGAGCUACAAGGAAGCGUAAUGAUUGGGGCAAUUGAAGGUGGAGAUGUCUUGGAGGAGAGGCUUCGGUCGGCCAGGGAGACGGCCAAGCGGCCCGUGGGCGGAUUUCUGCUAGAUGGCUUCCAGGGACAUGCCAUGGCCAAGGAGACCAAGUUGAAUCUGAUAGCUUCUGUCACCGCAGAGCUGCCAGAGGACAAACCGAGAAUCAUCCAUGGGAUAGGCAAACCAGAUGAGGUGCUUGAGUGUAUAGAAAGAGGAGUGGACAUUUUUGAGAGCUUCUUCCCCUUCCAGGUAACAGAGCGAGGCUGUGCCUUGUCUUUCAGCUAUGACUGCCACCCCAAUCCUGAAGCAGCAGUUUUAAAUCAAAAUGGGGUCCAGGACCCAGGGGAAAACCAUGCUGAAAAAGACAAGGAUGAACUCUCCGGGACUGACCCCGAAAUAACACCAUUUGAGAUCUCCCUGAAGGACAAAAGGUACCAGGAGGAUUUUGGGCCCUUGCUGGAAGGAUGCACCUGUUACUGCUGCCAGCGACAUACUCGAGCCUACGUCCAUCACCUCCUGGUGACCAAUGAGCUCUUGGCUGGCGUCCUGCUCAUGAUGCACAACUUCCAGCACUACUUCAGCUUUUUCGGUGCCAUUCGAGAUGCCCUAAGAGACAAUAAACUGGAGCAGCUGAAAGAGCUGAUCUGCAGGCAGGCACUCCAAGGUCCAGCAAACGCAAAGCCAGGCCAGUGAGCUCAAAGAAGACCGAGAGAAGAAGAAUCUGCCAAGGGGGGAAGGUUGC